ACAGCCCUAUUUUCACUUAAAGGGGUCAUCGGAUACAAAGUUCACUUUUACAUGUUGUUUGAACAUUAAUGUGUGUUGGCAGUGUAUGUACAAAUCUACCCUAUAAUGAUAAAAAUCCAUGCAGUGGUUUUUAAUUAAUCUGUAAAAAUAAUAUCCCCUUUUUCAAAUCGAGCCAUUCUCAGAUGCCUGUUGGUAUGACGUCACUCCGCUCCCAUGAUAGUUGAUUGACAUUAGCAUCUUACCUCAGAUCAGCUGUAACAGUCCGGCCUACAUUGUUUCGAUGCCGGAGCAGGGAUGUCAGUUAGACAAGAAUAUCUCCAAUUGAGCGAUUGAGGUGUUGUGUUGUUGGAUGUAAUAAUGGACAAAGUGGUCGUCGUUUACUCCCAACAUCUGAGCUGCUGAAGAUGCGGUGGAUUACGUUUGUUUGUGAAGGGAAUGCUCCCCCCGAUCUACAUAUAUCCGUCUAUGUUCACGCAAAUCAUUCAUGAUACAGCUUCACUUACAGCAGAACACAUGUCAUUGCCAAGGCUCAGGGACUGGCCAUCCUGUCAGUCUUCAAAGCGGGUUUCAUGAUCACUGCGAGGGGCGGCAGUGGGAUAGUGAUCGCAAGACUUGCUGAUGGAAGAUGGUCUGCUCCUUCAGCCAUUGGCAUUGCUGGACUUGGUGGAGGAUUUGAAAUCGGUCUGGAGGCAUCAGAUUUUGUCAUCAUCCUGAAUCAGAGGAGAGCUGUGGAUGCUUUUAGUAAAGGGGGCAAUCUUACUCUUGGAGGAAACUUCACUGUGGCUGUCGGGCCUCUUGGCAGGAAUGUGGAGGCAGAUGUGGCGUUUCGCAGUACGGCUGCUGUCUACUCAUACUGCAAAUCUCGUGGCCUUUAUGCUGGAGUGUCUCUUGUCGGUUCUUACCUCAUCGAACGCAAAGAAACCAACCGAAAGUUUUACGGCCAAGACAUUCGUGCUUCUGCUAUUCUCAAUGGAGAUGUGGAACCUCCAUCUGAAGCACAUGAUUUGUACACCAUUUUGCAGGACUACACAGAGAAAUACACCACCGAAUGGCAGAACAAACACAUGCCCGCCUCAAACAAGAUGAGUUCAGCACCGGCUAGACCAAGGCCUCCCACACAAAGAGCUGCCUCCUCUUACACACCCAAGCCACAGGCAUCUGCAGCAGCGAAGCCAGUUUUAUAUCCAAGCUUAGACAGCUGGGAUACCGAAAGCUCAGAUCAAGCAUCAGGUGGCGCACUGGUGGUCACAGCCGUGCAUCCGUUCACCGGCCAGCAGCCUGGAGAUCUGAGCUUUGUUGCAGGAGAUCGCAUUACUGUCAUCACCAAAACUGACUCGCAGUAUGACUGGUGGGAAGGUGAACUAAGAGGGCAGGUUGGGAUCUUCCCAGCUAAUUUUGUGUCUUAUAGCUGAAGGCACUUAAAACACCUAGAAAAUUUUCCAGUUGAUGACAAAUGAUGUCUGGUAUUGAAGGGUCCUUUUCUUUUGCACAGUUUGAAAUGACGUUUAAGAUGAAGGUGUAUAUUUUAAGUGCACUUGGGGUCAGUGUUCCUUAUUAAAAGCUGUAUUACAGGA